AUGUCGGUUGAUCAGAUCAACCCUGGACAGGCCGUGUACGCCCAAGACGAAAAUGGACGACCUUUUAUCAUUGUUCGUGAACAAGGCAAGAAAGUGAGAACCCAUGGUCUCGAAGCUAUCCGAAGCCAUAUCCUCGCUGCCCGCUCUGUCACCAACAUCAUCAAAUCCUCUCUUGGUCCCCGUGGUCUCGACAAGAUCCUCAUUUCCCCCGACGGCGACAUCACCGUCACCAACGACGGUGCCACCAUCCUCUCCCAAAUGGAGGUCGAGCAUCAAAUCGCCAAGCUCCUUGUCGAAGUCUCAAAAUCCCAGGACGACGAGAUUGGAGACGGUACCACCGGUGUGGUGGUGUUGGCAGGCGCGUUGCUGAGCUCGGCGUUGAGCCUUUUGGACAGGGGAAUACACCCGAUCAGGAUUGCGGAUGGUUAUGAGAAGGCGUGUGAGAUUGCGGUGAACGAGUUGGAUAGGGUGGCGGACAGGAUUGAUUUUAGCAAGGAGGACACGUCGAAUUUGAUCAAGACUGCCAAAACCUCUCUUGGUUCCAAGAUCGUCUCUAUCGCCCACGAAAAGUUUGCCAAGAUCGCUGUCGACUCUGUCCUCUCUGUUGCCGACCUCGAGCGCCGCGAUGUCGACUUUGAGCUUAUCAAGGUCGACGGCAAGGUCGGUGGUUCCCUCGAGGACACUUCUCUCGUCCACGGUGUCGUCGUCGACAAGGACAUGUCACACCCCCAGAUGCCCACGACUGUUAGGGACGCCAAGAUUGCUAUCUUGACUUGUCCGUUUGAGCCUCCUAGGCCCAAGACGAAACACAAGUUGGACAUUGAGAGCGUGGAAGAGUACAAGAAGCUGAGAGAAUACGAGAAGGAGAAGUUCUUGGAGAUGAUCAAGAAGGUCAAAGACACUGGUGCCAACCUGGUCAUCUGCCAGUGGGGUUUCGACGACGAGGCCAACCACCUCCUCAUGCAAAACGACCUCCCCGCUGUCCGAUGGGUCGGCGGUCCCGAAAUCGAGCUCAUCGCCAUUGCCACCAAUGGUCGUAUCGUGCCCCGUUUCGAGGACCUUUCCGCGGACAAGCUCGGUAAGGCUGGUAUCGUCAGGGAGUUGACUUUCGGAACGACUAGGGAUAAGAUGUUGGUCAUUGAGGAGUGCGCAAACUCGAGGGCUGUGACCGUGUUUGUCAGGGGUAGUAACAAGAUGAUCAUCGACGAGGCCAAGCGAGCUUUGCACGAUGCCAUCUGUGUCGUCCGAAACAUCGUUCGAGACAACCGUGUCGUCUACGGUGGUGGUGCCGCCGAGAUCUGUGCUUCCGUCGCCGUGUCCAAGCGUGCCGACGAGAUUCCUUCUAUCGAGCAAUACGCCAUGCGUGCGUUUGCCCAGGCGUUGGAUGCGAUCCCUCUUGCGUUGGCGGAGAACUCUGGUUUGUCGCCGAUUGACACUUUGGCGGAUGUGAAGAGUAGGCAGGUGACGGAGGAGAACCCGAGGUUGGGUAUUGACUGUAUGGGACGGGGAGAGAAUGACAUGAAGACGCAACACGUCUACGACCCCCUGAUCUCCAAGAGGCAGCAAUUCCUCUUGGCUACCCAGGUAGUGAGGAUGAUCUUGCGAGUGGACGAUGUGAUAGAUGCUUCUGCGUUCGAGGAGUAA